AUGGCCUUCAGCGGCCAGACACCGACCAUUAUUGUUUUGAAGGAAGGAACGGACUCAUCGCAAGGAAAAGGCCAAAUACUGUCGAACAUCAACGCCUGUCUUGCCGUUCAGUCAACAAUUAAGGGCACAUUGGGUCCAUAUGGUGGAGAUGUAUUACUCGUGGACUCCAAUGGAAAGCAAACUAUUACGAACGAUGGAGCGACAGUAAUGAAGCUCCUUGACAUCGUCCAUCCCGCUGCCAGGGUUCUCACGGAUAUUGCCCGAUCGCAGGAUGCCGAAGUUGGCGAUGGAACAACUUCAGUGGUUGUUUUGGCAGGAGAAUUUCUGAAGGAGGUUCGCGAGUUUGUUGAACAAGGCGUGAGCUCACAAACUAUUAUUAAAGGACUGAGAAAGGCAAGCGCAAUUGCGGUAAAUAGGAUUAAGGAAAUUUCAGUAGAUAUGAAAGAUGCUUCCGCCCAGGGCGGGAUGCAGGUGGACACUUUGAGGCGGUUGGCAGGCACGGCCAUGAAUAGCAAACUGAUCAAGCGAAAUUCGGACUUUUUUACAAAGAUGGUCGUCGAUGCGGUUUUAUCCUUAGAUCAAGGCGAUUUAAACGAAAAGCUCAUUGGUAUCAAGAAGGUUACUGGUGGCGCGUUACAGGAUUCUCUUUUUGUGGACGGUGUUGCUUUCAAAAAGACCUUUUCUUACGCCGGAUUCGAACAGCAGCCGAAAUCAUUUAAGGACCCAAAAAUCGUUUGUCUGAAUGUGGAGUUGGAACUUAAAAGUGAAAAAGAUAAUGCAGAAGUUCGAGUUGAUCAGGUGUCGGAAUACCAGGCUAUUGUCGAUGCGGAAUGGCAGAUCAUCUUUAAUAAACUUGAGGCACUUUAUAAUACGGGAGCGAAGGUAGUUUUAAGUAAAUUGCCUAUCGGCGAUUUGGCUACUCAAUACUUUGCCGAUCGCGAUAUUUUCUGUGCUGGUCGAGUGUCUUCUGAGGAUAUGGAGCGUGUCAACCAAGCAACAGGCGCAUCUACACAGUCGACAUGCUCUGAUAUUCAAGAACGCCAUCUUGGCACCUGCGGUUCUUUUGAAGAACGCCAAAUUGGCGGUGAACGAUUCAAUAUCUUUUCUCAAUGCCCAGCGGCCAAGACCUGUACACUUGUACUUCGUGGUGGUGCUGAGCAAUUCAUUGCAGAAGCCGAGCGCAGUUUACAUGAUGCCAUUAUGAUCGUGAAACGCGCCUUGCGCAACACCUCCGUAGUUGCCGGUGGAGGAGCCACAGAAAUGGACGUGUCAAGUUAUCUACAUCUCUACGCUUACAAAAACGUGCCCAACAAGCAACAGGCGAUUGUUAAAGCUUUUGCAAAGGCACUUGAAGUUAUUCCACGACAGCUGUGCGACAAUGCCGGCUUCGAUGCUACGGAUAUCUUAACACGACUUCGCGUUCAACACCAAGCUGGCAAUCUUUGGGCUGGUGUCGAUUUCGACAAUGAGGAUGUGAGAGAUAAUAUGAAAGCAUUUGUGUGGGAGCCCAGCCUAGUGAAGGUCAAUGCUAUCCAGGCAGCGACCGAAGCCGCAUGCCUGAUUUUGAGUGUUGAUGAGACUAUUAGUAAGCUUCCCUUUCAGUAUUCGUUCCAUUAUUACUUAGUUGGGUCAUAUCCUAAUGCUGUUUCUUCAAUUAGAAAACCAAGAGUCUGCUCAGCCACAGGCUCCAACCAAGCCAUUGCCACGAGGAGCGGCCCAGAGAGUCUUAGGUAG